AUUUUAUCAGGAAGUUUUUUCAUUUGAAAGGUAAACCAGUACAAGUGUCGAAGCAAAAAUUUGUGCAUCAACCAAACAUGGAUUACCGUAGUAAAUUUUUGGCAGCAUUCGGCUUAAUUUUGCUACUGCUAGUUGGAAAAAUUUCAAUCUUGACAGAAAACAAUUUAGAGAAAAAGGAAAGAAACCAAUCCAUGCCUGAUGAUGAUAUCUGUACUCUUUACGAUUACUCCCUUGUACUUGAUCAAUGGCUAUUUCGAAAAAAUUAUAAACCAUUAAUAGUAACUAUAGCACGUAAAUUUACUGAUGGAAUAAACAGAGUUAGAAAUAUAUCUCAGAGUAAAAGGAUAUUAUACGAUAAUGAAAUUACCAACAAACAUUGGAGUAAGAUGCAUAAUAUGAUAACGGAAAAUUUUUAUCUAUAUGAAGCUCACAAUGUAUACUACUUUGUUUAUCCAGUAAACAUUCUAGAUAAUUCUUUCACUAUAUACUGUCAAAAAAUGCUAUUAGGCGAUCAGUUAGGUGUAACGUUUGAUUUUGUUAACGUAAGAAAAGAGAAUUCAUUUUUUGAAGAUAUUUUAGUUCCCCUAAAAUCAAAUUGCUCCAAUUGCCCUCUGGUAGAAUAUGUUAACAAAAAACUAAAGACAGGUGAAAGUUUCUCGGAAUUAUUUGUAUUAAGAGAACAAUUGUUUAGAGAAAAAACAAAGUACACUUCCCUAAAAGCAUUCGACAAUGAUUUCGCUUGCAAUUCGAUUGGAUUUAAUAAUAAUUCUGAGAGCAAAAGUUUUUUAAUGCAUUUUAACACAUUACUGCAACAGAUUCAGAAAAAUAGCAACAAUUUUGAUGAAAGUAAAAAGAAAAGAAUUUUUGAAAGAAGUCUAAAGUGCUUUAAGUCGAAUCAUCUAUUUGUUACAGAAGAAAUUUUUAACGAUAAUAUUCAGGAACAGACUCUAAAGCACCCGUUUACUGGAAUUAAUUAUUUAAAUUGGAUUAACGAAACUGUAUUUUCACUUGAAGUGAAUGAUAGCUCAUUUGGCAACAUUUGUAAAAAUGAACAUAAAAUAUAUAUAUUUAAAUUAUUUUGUUUUAUAAAAGAUAUAUCAAGUAUUACAUCCCACAACAUACCAGCGUGGAUAGAUACUCUACGACAACUUGUCACUUCAUCAUUAAGCAAACAACUGACGUGGUUCAACAGUUUAGUGACUUUGUAUCAAAAUAAAGAUUUAGUGGAAAGUGAUUUAAUUUUAUUCCAACUUGAAAAUUUGAGAAAAGAAAUGCUAAAUGAAAGUGUGCAUUGGAUGAGUGCAAUGAAUAUUACUUUCAACUUGGUUUUGAAUUUAAUAAGAGAAAAGAGUGGUAAUAUGUCUAUGUUAAGUUCACCCUGUUUAUUGUACAAUUAUUUGGACACAAUUGAUUCCUUACUUCUUGAGAUGGAAUUCAAGAGAUUGGUAAUAAUCGUAGCUGAUAGUAUGCAGACAGGGAUACGGAAAGUUGCACCUAUAGCAGGCAGAAGAGUAGUACCAAGAAUAAAAAGACAAGAUCUUCAUUAUACAAAACAGUUUGUGUAUGAUGAAAUAAUGAAACAUUUUUAUCUGCUUCAAUCCAAUGAUACUUAUUAUUAUGUUUAUCCAUUAAACUUCAAUAGAUAUGACGACGUAUUGAGUACCUAUUUCGAGUACAAAAUGAUUGACGAUUAUUCAAAAGUUGUAUUUUAUUUCGCUAACUAUUCCAAAUAUUAUUUUCCCAAUGAAUGGAAUAGUACUCGUGAUUAUGAGUUAGUCAUUCCUGCUCUACCAGACAACUGUCACUUAUUUACAACGAACUGUACGAACCGUUUUAUAAGUCCCAUAUAUUUAAUUAAUCUGCAUCAAGUAUUUUAUAGACGCUAUCCAAAAUAUUUGUCAAUAUAUGCUAUGGUUUACAAUAGAUUAUCAAAAUUUGUUUAUGAUGACCAUUCACAUUAUAAAGAUAAUAAUUCGAUUGAAUAUGCACAUAAAUUUUAUGAUUUUUUAAAAACACAACAAAUUUCUUACCAUGCAGAUUAUUUAUUUAAUAAUUUUCCGUGCUCAUCUCUGCAGGAAAUAAAUAAAAGAAUUAACAUUGAUUUCAGCAUAACUGAAAUAGGAGAUUUUCGAUAUAUUUUCUCACUUAUACAAUCUGCUUAUAAAAAUAUAACAGCAAUAAAUAUAACAGACAAUGAAACUUUAAAAUAUUUUUGUAUGAAUUCGAAUAUUUUUCAGUUUAUUAAAUUCUUUUGCUUUUUAAAAAUAAAUUAUAUAGAAGGUAUGCUGAAACUUGUAGAUGCGAAGUCGGAUUAUGUUAAUAAUAUGACAAAAAUUGCUGAAAAUGAAAAAAAUGUUAUUACUGAAUUUUUGUCAGAGACAUUAAAAUGGAUGGACGAAAUAUUAUUACUUGAUUACUUCGAUAUGUAUAAUGAAGGUAGAAUUUUAAGACAGUCUAAACUUUCAUACUUGAAAAUACCAAAAAUUAUCUCAAAUGGUUCUGAUUCGUUAGACAAAUUCUAUUUAGUAAUAGCAGAAAGUGUAAUCUAUCCUAAAUGUAAUAAUUACAUAAUGAAAAAAAAGUUUACCGUUAAAUCGACAACUUAGUUCUCAAGUCUUGGAGAUGACCAAUAUUUAUAAAGAAGUUGCCUGAUGAAACAAGUCAUAUACUAUUUCUUUAAAAAUUAAAAUUAUUUCACCACUUUUUGGCAAUCUACGACUUGAGAAAUAGUUCACGACUUUUCGGUUAACUGUUUUUUCCCUUUAUUCAAAAGUGAAUAAUUAGUUAUAUGCUAAGUAUAAUAAGCAACCAAUUUUUCAAUUAGUGUACUACAGUCAUAUUGUUUUUAAAAAAUAAUUUUUAUAAGUAAUUCAACUUAAGCUAAGAAGAUCAGUAAUUUUUCUUGCUUUCUCUCUAAAUCGGAAUUAGUGAAAUCCCACUGAAGAGCAGUGAAUUUCGACAGAGUUUUUCAGUGAUAUUGCACAGGAUAGAAGUGUGAAAAUAGAAUCAUUGAAAAUCAGUCAGAUUUCACUGAUUUAGUUUUAACCCUUUAACGUCCAAAUUUUUUUUUCCAUUCAAAAUUCAUGACACUUGGUACCUAGGGGUUUUCGGGGUCCCUGAUUACGAAUCUGAUGUCAGAUUUCAAAAAUUCAAAAUGGCGGAUCCAAUAUGGCGGA